AUGCUUGAUCCAACAGCGGCAACAGAAGCAUUGAUUCAAGCAGGCCUUCUCCAGCAACAGUAUCUCAAUCAACUGACUGAUAGUGUUGAUGAGGCCACUUAUGACACCAAGCUUGGGGACCUCCAGGAACCCUUGGGAUCACAUCAGGGGGCAUUGUCCCUUAAUUCAGCGUAUGAGACUCCGAACCAGGCUGUCAUUGGGAUGGACGGCCUCAGUAUGCUAGAUUUCCAGGCUUCAUCAGGCCAGCUAUGGCCAUUCGACACACCUAUGCCUCAUCUAAUUACUGCCAUCGAUCAGAUGGCUGAGCUUCACCUGGCACAAAAUUGUACGCCAAAUAUGUCACCCACAACCACUACUGAUGGCUACGAGCGAAGAAAAGUUCAGAAUCGCGCUGCUCAGCGAGCCUACCGGGAACGGAAAGAGAAGGCUCUAUCAGAUCUGAAGGGAGUCCUUGAGCGGAAGGAGUUCCAAUUGCAGGCGUUGCAGCAGGACAGCAACACCAGUCUCGGAAUAUGGCUUGCACUUGUCCAUCUAGCAACACAGCGUCAGCCGACAAACAGCAACCCACCAGAUCACGCCCAGUACGAAGCAACGACCGGCUCUCGAGCCGCUAGCCGUCUCGUGCAGAUGGAAGUCACAAUUAUCACACCUGGACAGGUGUCGAAAUUCCGUUCGUGUCUCUUCUUGCUACGCCCGAAGAACAUCAGCUCCACAAAGCAUGCACUCCUCCGUGAUUCUCCAAAAGCGAAGCGGCUCAUUUCCAUUAAUGUUGGGCUCCAUACGCAAAGCUACAAGACCAACAACUCUCGUGAUUUCGAAGUACUCAAGAUAUCUCCUCUCUAUCAUACCCAAGUCAAUCCUGGUUUCAGGCGUCCGAAGCGGCCUCCGCCGGAUCCAACUUCACACCUCACCACAGGAGUGUUGCCCGAUGUGCUUUCUCGUCAGCGAUCGUCCAUGCGUUCUGCUCCGAUAGCUGUUCCUAUCAUUCAGACCCUUCUGGCGCAUGCUUGA